GUAUUUGCAAUCAGACAGAGACCGUUAGAAACAGUUAUGAUAAAUAACAGCUUCACAAAUCUGGGUUUCCUCCAUUUUUGACGAAUAAAUUGUUUCAGGGGGCUUGAAAGAGUUUGGAGACAAAGCUAAAGUGAGAGGGACUAUACUUGUGGCCUAAGUUUUAUAGCUACGUCUUUGCAUGGAUCCUCCGGCAACUGAUGCGGAAGUCAAACCAGAGACACUUGAAGAAAUUAUAGAAGGAGCUCCAUUGUAUCAUUGUGAUCUUUUUGAUAUCGAAAUAGUGCACAAAAUUGCAGAAGCAUUCCUUCCAGGAUUAGCUUCAGCCUGUGUAGACAACACAACAGGUGGUCUGUUAAAGAGCCCCACUUCAGUGGCUGUUGAUAUGAGAAGAGAAAUGGUGCAGUAUCUUACCCAGAGAAGUGAAACCUUCAUAGCAGAAUCUGUUGUCUUAGACAGUGGUCCUGAUGCGGAAGUGUCUGACCAUCCUUAUGAUAUAGUAUCCGAUUUCAUUGAUGAUUUUGCUGCUUCAAAGAGGAACUUCUUCAGUCGGGUUUCAGGGUGGCUUCUAAGUGAAAGGAGAGAAGACAGAAUAGAUGAUUUUGUACAAGAGAUGGAAAUAAAUGGGUUUUGGUUGAUACAGCGGAGGGAAGGCGUUGCCCAAACUCUGCUUAAGAAUGUUGAUUUCAAGAACGCAUUUCACUGCAAUAUGAAAUUUAACGCAGCAGAAGAGCUCGCUGAGCAUAUUCCACAUUGCAGUUUUAGAACUAUAAACUGCCCAAAUGAGGGUUGUAAUGCCAGAUUUAGUUCAGUUCACUUGGAGUAUCAUGAUUCAAUCUGUCCCUUAAAGAUACUUCCAUGUGAGCAGAAGUGCUCAGAUAGCAUCAUGAGGCGCGAGAUGGACAAGCAUUGCAUAACUAUUUGUCCAAUGAAGCUCAUGAACUGCCCUUUUUAUCCAGUGGGUUGUCAAUCUACAAUUCCUCAGUGUACAGUUGAACAACAUCGGUUGGAAAAUCUCCAUUCUCACCUGCUCUAUAUUCUUCAAGUUGUUCACAAGAGAGCGUCUGUGGAGGAUCUGAAACUAAGGGUGGACCAACUAGAAAAGUCUUCAUCUCCUCAACAACUAGCGGAAGCUCGGGAUGUAAGAUCAUUAACCUUUGUGAUCAAGAAUCUUGAACCAAAACUUGGGCCACUAGAAGUCGACACCAAGAAAAAAGCCAGUGAACCAGACAAAGAGGAAGAGUCAACAGGGUCACCUGCCAGAACUGAAGGGUGUUCAGUCUCACCCGCCAAAGGAGAAGAAUGCUCAGAACCACCCACCAAAGAAGAAGAGUGCAUAGAAUCACCACACAAAACGGAAGAGUGCACAAAGUUACCCACCAAAGAGGAAGAAUGUGUGGAGAUACCCUCCAGCAAAGAAGAAUGCAUAGAACCCCUCACCAAAGAAGAAGAGUGCACUAAGUCGCCUUCCAAAAUAGUUGUUAGAGAUUCACCUCCGAUCAAAGAAGAGUGCACAAACUCACCGUCCAAUCCAGGGAAGCUCAUGGAGGUAGAAAUCUGAAUCAGACAUGUCAAUUAUACUGUGGGAUAAAUGCAUUCAAGAAAAGUGAGCUUUCUAUUGGCAAAGACUAAUCGAAUACAAUUUCCUCUCCACCUUAUACAUCAGUGGACCUCAUGGUCUAAGAUUUUUGGAUUUUCCUCUUUUUGCACCAACUGGGGUUUCUUUUCUCUUUCAUCCAUUUUAACUUCAUCAGUAUAUGGAAGUUCAUGCUCACUUCUUUUUCUAGGUUCGCAUUGUUUGCACAUUAGAUGAAUUCAAUGAGUGGAUUAUAUUUUCUUGCUCGUAGUCAUUUCCCUUCUGCAAACAUUCUUCCGCUCAUUGUUGUUGAAGGCUGAUAUAUUACUGUGGCAUUGUAUGACAAUCAACUAUGUGAU